AGCGGAAACAGAGUGGGAGAGAAGUAUAGCUGAAACACAGACACUGCCAUGUGAGCUGGUAAAGUGUGCCUUAGAAGAAGAAGGAGAAGAAGAAGAAAAAAAGAGGGGGUGGUAACAAUAGCGAGGCUGCAGGCUGCACAGUUUGCUCAGGUGUGUCCAGUUUGUCAGCCUGCUGGGGUCAAGAAGUGAAAGGUCACAGAAAAUUUCUUUUCCACUCAAAGUGGAUAUCAAGAGCACCACAAGGGGAUUAUUUGACUCCUUUGAUCCAUGCGGCCUGUGUAGGCUGGACAGUCGCUCGUCUUCUCUCCCAUCUGCACACUGCCAGCAGCUAUGGAGAAGCAGUUGGAAGAUUUGAAGCAGCAGCUAGAAAAGCAGUGUUUUAUCAACCAAGAGCUGCAGAGGCAGAAUAAGGACCUGGAGCAACGGCUGCAGGACAAAGAAAAACUUUUGCAACAACUGCAAAGUCAAUAUCACGAUCUCGAGUUUCCCUCCCAGAGCGGCAAUGAGGCUGAGCCCGAGGUCAGGAAGAGCCGUGCAGCUGUUAUUGCACCGGAACCAAUCCCCGAGACUCUGGAGCUUAAACGUGCCAGGGUCAAGAAAACCGUCAGUGAGACGAGUCUGAUUGUCAAAGCCAUCCAGAAGAACGACUUCCUGAGCCGCCUCGAUGACGAGCAAAUAGCUAUGAUGGUGGACCUUUUAAUGACGUCUACCUUCAAACCUGGUGAAGAAGUCAUUAAGGAGGGCACUGAAGGAGACAGCAUGUACAUAGUAGCAGAUGGUGAGCUCACUGUCACCCAAGCAGGCCGGGAACUCCGAACCCUAUGCCGUGGUGAUAUUUUUGGAGAGUUAGCCAUCCUGUACAACUGCAAACGGACAGCAACAGUCAAAGCGAGGACCCCGGUGCAUCUAUGGUCCAUGGAGCGACAGACUUACAGAACCAUCAUAACCAACAAGUCAAAGAAGAAGCGAGAGCAGCUCAUGGGCUUCCUGAAGACGUCUCGUACUCUGAAGGACCUCAGUGAUGUGCAGUUGUCCAAAAUAAUUGACUCCAUGGAGGAAGUCAAGUAUCAAGAUAAAGAUGUAAUAGUUCGUGAAGGAACGGAAGGAGACACCUUCUACAUCAUCCUUAAAGGAGAGGUUUUGGUGACAAAGAACGUGAAUGGGCUUCAGAAAAAGAUUCGCAGGAUGGGAAAAGGGGAACAUUUUGGGGAACAAGCCCUCAUACGUGAGAUACUGAGAACAGCCACAUGCACUGCUGAUGGACCUGUUACCUGCUUCUCCAUUGACAAGGAGGUUUUUGAAGAGACGAUUCCUGUGGAGCACCUGGAGCUCUUUGAUGACUCCAAAGUAAUGCAGGAGGAACAAGUUCCAGAGAAGACAAGUCCCACUACUACAAUAAAGUUAAAGGAUCUAGUUCCUGCAUUAUAUCAGGAGGGUCGCUAUCAAGGAGAGCCUGUCACACUCGGAGUUGGAGGAUUUGGUCGCGUGCAGCUGAUGACUACAGAGAAUCAUGGGAAAUUUUAUGCCAUGAAGCGAGUCAGUAAGAAAAAUGUUGUUGCCAAGAGACAAGAGGAGCACGUGUUGUUUGAGAAGAGGAUUCUUAAAUCAAUUCAGAGCGACUUCAUCGUAAGACUUUAUGCGACCUUCAAGGACACAAGAUACAUCUACAUGGUCAUGGAGUUUUGUGGCGGUGGAGAGAUCUGGACCAAACUUAAAGAAGUAGGGCGUUUUGAUGAAUCCAUUGCUGUGUUCUGCACGGCCUGCGUGGUGGAGGCCUACGCUUAUCUCCAUAAGAAGAACAUCAUGUACAGAGAUCUGAAGCCUGAGAACCUGAUGUUGGAUGCAAGGGGCUACAUCAAACUGGUUGACUUUGGUUUUGCAAAGGAAAUGGUGCGUGGAGAGAAAACCUACUCCUUCGUUGGUACACCUGAGUACAUGGCGCCAGAGAUCAUCAAGAAUCAGGGACACGACUUUGCAGUUGAUUUUUGGUCCCUUGGCAUCCUAAUCUUUGAACUUUUGGUGGGAAGCCCUCCUUUUUCAAGCUCGGAGCCACAAAAGAUAUAUGCCAAGAUUUUGGAUGGAGUACUCAAGUAUCCACCUUACUUGAAUGAGGCAGCCAAGUCUAUCAUCAGUAAGCUGUGCAGACCUCGGCCAGGCCAGAGGUUAGGAAACACCAAGAAUGGAAUUAAGGAUGUCCGGCAUCACAGGUGGUUCGGCAGCAUGAACUGGCACAAGCUGCGCAUGGGUCAACUCGAUGCUCCCACAGUACGGCUCGUACGCAAGGGUCCCUGCUACAUCAACUUUGACCGCUUCCCUCAGGACCACACAAAGGCGGAGGAGGAGUUCUCUGGUUGGGAUCGUGAAUUCUGAGUUUCAUGUGUAGUUUGCAGAACCAAAGGCUGGACAUUUUGCCUAUAUUAGACAAAUAUAGAGCCUAAGUAGAAUAACUGGCUUUGCUUUGUCCAGCCUCAAAUAGGUUCAGAACAUGGUUAACCUCUUAUGAUUGUGCCAAAAAAAAAAUCAUAAAACCUAAACCUUUUCUUCCUUUAAAAAAGAAAAAUCACAAUGAAACAGCAAUGAAUCUCCACUUCCACAAUUUCCCCUGUUGCUUUACUGAUAUAACCAUUUGCGUGAACACAGGAUGAAAGUAUCUGAAUGUUUUAUGACACGAUGUGAGGACAUUCUGUUUCCAAGUUCAGCCCAGGGAGCUUCGGUGCUUGCUGAACACAUGUUUAGGACAUCAUCCUCACAACAUCCGCCACUCAUUACCAUAACAACAUUCAUCCAAGUGCCUAGCUGAGGGCGAAGGCCGUGGCAAUUAAUAUGAAAUACAGACCAGAUCUUACAAAACCUCAAAACUAAUGCUGAUCUCAUACCUGUAGACUUCUUCUAUGUUUAUCAUAUCUUUGGUUUAUGUUGUUUUAAAUAAAAUAUUCUUAUCUCUCAUAUCAAAAGAGUUGUAAACUAUAAACUGUCACCUUUUUUGUUGUGAAGUUAUUCCUUAAUUUUUUGAGAAAAAUAACAUAAAACAUGAAGU